GGCAGGAGAAUCGCUUGAAUCUGGGAGGUGGAGGUUGCAGUGAGCCAAGAGCACAGACAGAGCAAGAUUCCAUCUCAAAAAAUAAAAUAAAAUAAAAUAAAUAAAAUGCAGAAUGUCAUGAAAUGCCUAUGUUAAGAGGAUAUUUGAUAGAGUUUUCUGAAAUUUGACAAAAAUAUUAAACAUAUAUAUAAAACCAAUAAUGAACUGUGCAGGUGAAAAAUAACUUUUCUGAAUUAUCACCAAUAAAAAGCAAAUACUGAUCAAACACAUUAGAGAAAAAACUAAAUUAUCUUUCUAUUCUCUUUAGAAAAUAUUAUAAACUAUCAUCAUGUGAAGAGAUGAUUAAAGAGUACAUUGCCAUAUAAUGUAAGGGGAAAAAAGUAUGAAGAAGUAUGCCUGGCAGUUACUUAAUAAAAAUAUGUUACUUUAAAUUUUUGCAUUAUUUGUAAUAUUUUUCAACUUAUAAAAAUUUAUAACGUUGUAUUUUGUUUUAGUCUAAAUACAUAUUCAGUUGUGUACCUACUUUUGUAUCUAAAAUUGUUAUUCUUUUUCUUAAGGAGCCUCCACUCGCCAAAUGCACAUAAACUUCAUGCCCCACAAAAUUUGAAUCUGUCCCUGUUAUCCACUUUUCUCUCCACCUAACUGGUCUACCCUCGCCCAUGCUUGUCCUCUUCCAAUCUGUUCUUCAUGCCACAGUGUAAAGGAUCUUCUAAAAGUUCAUGUAUGAUUAUAUUUCUCUUAUAUUCUUUCAGUAAUUUCCAAUUAGCCUUACUAUAAAAACCCAAGUCCUUAAAAUAGGAUCUGGGCCCUCACCACCUCUCUCCCUCUGCUCUAACCACACUGACUUCUUUUAGUUAUUGCAAUGCACCCGCUCAGGACCUUUGCAUAUGCUGUACUCUGUGCUUAGAAGACAUUCCACCACCCCAAUACUCCAUUAACCAAUUAUCUCCUACUCAAACUUCAGAUUUCACUCAAAGAUCACUUCCUCAUGGCACCUUAGACUAAGUCAGCCUCCCACCACCUUAAAUACUCAUUGCACCCUUUACUUUUCCUUCAUAGCAUGUCUAUUUGUAAUCAUAUACAAGAUACAAGAUUAGAUUGUCCAUCUCUCUGCCAUUAGACUGCAAAUUCCAUAACGAGGGACAAUGUCUCUUCAGCACUAGUGUAGCAGUGUUACCGGAAAGGGGUCCUGAUCCAGACACCAAGAAAGGGUUCUUGGAUCUCGAGCAAGGAAGAAUUCGGGACAAGACCAUAGAGUAAAGUGAAAGCAAGUUCAUUAAGAAAGUAGAGGAAUAAAAGAAUGGCUACUCCAUAGGCAGAGCAGCCUGAGGGCUAUUGGUUGCCCAUUUUUAUGGUUAUUUCUUGAUGAUAUGCUAAACAAGGGAUGGAUUAUUCAUGCCUACCCUUUUUAGACCAUAGAGGGUACCUUCCUGACAUACCCAUGGCAUUUGUAAACUGUCAUGGCGCUGAUGGGAAUUUAGCAGUGAGGACGACCAGAGGUCACUUUCAUCACCAUCUUGGUUUUGGUGGGUUUUAGCUGUCUUCUUUACUGCUACCCGUUUCAUCAGUAAGGUCUUUAUGACCAGCAUAUUUUAUCUUGUAUCUUUACGACCUCCUAUCUCAUCCUGUGACUUAGAAUGCAUAACCAUCUGGGAAUGCAGCACAGCAGGCCUCAGCCUUAUUUUACUCAGCCCCUGUUCAAGAUGGAGUUGCUCUGGGUCAAUCGCCUCUGACAGCAGCAUCCUGAACAAAGUGGGCAACUAAUUACACAAUUUCUGGCCUCAAAUAGUUCAUAAUCUAGCCUUGAAAAAAAUAGAAAAGAAACAAUUUUACAAUUUGGGGCUUCAAUACAGAUGAAAUAGGUUUUUUUUUGUGCAAGAAAGUCUUCCUGGAAGUCUUGAAACCUGAAUACGUAAGGAUUAGUUAUUCUAACCAGCUUGAAAAAUUGGCCUAGGCCAAGGCCGUAACCAAGUAUUCUGGUUGUCUAGGAACUGCUCUGACCAUAUUUGCGGCAUAAUUGUUUUUGCAGAAAAACUACUUCAGUUUUUUUAAAGCUUCUUUUGCCUUCUGUAGGCUUAGUUAAAAAAAAAAAGUAUUAAGAUCCUUUUGUGGUUCAUAAGCCUGAUGAUUGGGUUUUCACGCUAUUGUGUGAGUUACGACCCCCUACCUCAAACCUUGUUAGGACUCCACAUAUUACCCCUCUGUGGUGAAAAAAAACAAAGUAAUAAAGGUAAUUCUUUUUUUUUUUUUUUUUUUGCAUAAGCCCUAUCCUUGCACACAUGAGGUUUCAAAGUGUUUCCAUCAUUAUUUUUACCCUAUAGUAAAGUGUUUUCACGAGUUUUUUUUUUUUUAAUACUUUAAGUUCUGGGAUAGUUUUCACGAGUUUUAAGAGACCCUUCUUGGCAAACAGUUCAACUCAAAGAAAAUACUUUUACCAGCAAGGAGGUAUACCUUGUUAUAUCGGUCUGGGGAUAUGAUUUGACACUUCACCUUGCCAGGAAGAUCUCUGUGAUUUUUUGUUUGUUUGUUUUGAGACAGUCUCGCUCUGUUCCCGAGGCCAGAGUGCAGUGGCUCACAGCAAGCUCCGCCUCCCGGGUUCAAGCGAUUCUCGUGCCUCAGCCUUCCGAGUAGCUGGGAUUACAGACGCCUGCCACCACGCCCGGCUAAUUUUUGUAUUUUAGUAGAGACGCGGUUUCCCCACGUUGGCCAGGCUGGUCUAAAACUCCUGACCUCAGAUGAUCCACCCGCUUCCCAAAGUGCUGGGAUUACAAGCGUGAGCCACCGCGCCCCACGUCAGGAGAGGGGCAAAGUCUAAUUGUUCCAGAGCGACCACAGAAAUAUCUGGAGCUAGUUUCAAGGGCUAUUCCCCGCUAAAGAUUACUUAAUAAUGCAGUUGGAUGACCACGUUUCAAGAUUUUUGUUCGAUCUGCACAUCCUCUAACAUGUUCCAAGAGGGUGUUUAAAAAGUCACCAAGGACCAUUAGGAUAACCAUUACAAUAAAGCUGUCAGGCCAUCCCUAAAUUGUUUGAAACUACGAUGUCAGCUGAGGAAAGCAGAACAUAAUCAGGCUUUGGAGUUAAGAGAGCUAACCAGUUCCGAAUUUAAUGGCUGAGCCCAAUGAGAAUGUUAAGAUUUAUCUCACAAGUUGUAGAGAAAAUUAAAAACGAUUAAACAUCCGGGCCUUGAAUAAGUGCCCGUCGACUUGGGGAUUAAAUAUGGUAGAGUCCACUUUCCUCACCAGCUGAUGAUAAUAUCUGCUACGUACAGUCCUCCUUUCUCUUCGUUAAUCGGCUGGUUAGUAUUUGCCAACUCCUUCCGGCUUUUCAUCUUCUCUUCCCCCAUUUAAAUCCUUCCACCAAGCGCUCAGAAACACGUCCUACCAGAACGCAACCCGAGCCUGCGCGAGAGGUACGCACGGGUCUUGACCUUUUCCCGGUUCUCCGCCCUUUUUUGCUGUUCCCCGCCCCUUUUCCGCCACUGCGUGGUGCCUCUCUCGCGGCUGCGCCAGUCCGCGGCCCCGCCCACGCCGAUCAUCACGUGGCCGCGCAGCGUGCUCCGCCCCCUGUCCCCGGCUCACGUGAUCGCUCCUGGGGAGAAAACGUUUGACCCCAGCCACCGGCCUUUAAGGCACGGCUUUUUCUUCUUUCGGCUGGUCGGCCUCUCGCCCUUCAGCUACCUGUGCGUCCCUCCGUCCCGUCCCGGGGUCACCCCGGAGCCUGUCCGCCAUGCGGCUCCUGCCUCUAGCCCCAGGUCGGCUCCGGCGGGGCAGCCCCCGCCACCUGCCCUCCUGCCGCCCAGCGCUGCUGCUGCUGGUGCUGGGCGGUUGCCUGGGGGUCUUCGGGGUGGCUGCGGGAACCCGGAGGCCCAACGUGGUGCUGCUCCUCACGGACGACCAGGACGAAGUGCUCGGCGGCCUGACACCACUAAAGAAAACCAAAGCUCUCAUCGGAGAGAUGGGGAUGACUUUUUCCAGCGCUUAUGUGCCAAGUGCUCUCUGCUGCCCCAGCAGAGCCAGUAUCCUGACAGGAAAGUACCCACAUAAUCAUCACGUUGUGAACAACACUCUAGAGGGGAACUGCAGUAGUAAGUCCUGGCAGAAGAUCCAAGAACCAAAUACUUUCCCAGCAAUUCUCAGAUCAAUGUGUGGUUAUCAGACCUUUUUUGCAGGGAAAUAUUUAAAUGAGUAUGGAGCCCCAGAUGCAGGUGGACUAGAACACGUUCCUCUGGGUUGGAGUUACUGGUAUGCCUUGGAAAAGAAUUCUAAGUAUUAUAAUUAUACCCUGUCUAUCAAUGGGAAGGCACGGAAGCAUGGCGAAAACUAUAGUGUGGACUACCUGACAGAUGUUUUGGCUAAUGUCUCCUUGGACUUUCUGGACUACAAGUCCAACUUUGAGCCCUUCUUCAUGAUGAUCGCCACUCCAGCGCCUCAUUCGCCUUGGACAGCUGCACCUCAGUACCAGAAGGCUUUCCAGAAUGUCUUUGCACCAAGAAACAAGAACUUCAACAUCCAUGGAACGAACAAGCACUGGUUAAUUAGGCAAGCCAAGACUCCAAUGACUAAUUCUUCAAUACAGUUUUUAGAUAAUGCAUUUAGGAAAAGGUGGCAAACUCUCCUCUCAGUUGAUGACCUUGUGGAGAAACUCAUCAAGAGACUGGAGUUCACUGGGGAGCUCAACAACACUUACAUCUUCUAUACCUCAGACAAUGGCUAUCACACAGGACAGUUUUCCUUGCCAAUAGACAAGAGACAGCUGUAUGAGUUUGAUAUCAAAGUUCCACUGUUGGUUCGAGGGCCUGGGAUCAAACCAAAUCAGACAAGCAAGAUGCUGGUUGCCAACAUUGACUUGGGUCCUACUAUUUUGGACAUUGCUGGCUACGACCUAAAUAAGACACAGAUGGAUGGGAUGUCCUUAUUGCCCAUUUUGAGAGGUGCCAGUAACUUGACCUGGCGAUCAGACGUCCUGGUGGAAUACCAAGGAGAAGGCCGUAACGUCACUGACCCAACAUGCCCUUCCCUGAGUCCUGGCGUAUCUCAAUGUUUCCCAGACUGUGUAUGUGAAGAUGCUUAUAACAAUACCUAUGCCUGUGUGAGGACAAUGUCAGUGUUGUGGAAUUUGCAGUAUUGCGAAUUUGAUGACCAGGAGGUGUUUGUAGAAGUCUAUAAUCUGACUGCAGACCCAGACCAGAUCACUAACAUUGCUAAAAGCAUAGACCCAGAGCUUUUAGGAAAGAUGAACUAUCGGUUAAUGAUGUUACAGUCCUGUUCUGGGCCAACCUGUCGCACUCCAGGGGUUUUUGACCCUGGAUACAGGUUUGACCCCCGUCUCAUGUUCAGCAAUCGCGGCAGUGUCAGGACUCGAAGAUUUUCCAAACAUCUUCUGUAGCGACCUCACACAGCCUCUGCAGAUGGAUCCCUGCACGCCUCUUUCUGAUGAAGUGAUUGUAGUAGGUGUCUGUAGCUAGUCUUCAAGACCACACCUGGAAGAGUUUCUGGGCUGGCUUUAAGUCCUGUUUGAAAAAGCAACCCAGUCAGCUGACUUCCUCGUGCAAUGUGUUAAACUGUGAACUCUGCCCAUGUGUCAGGAGUGGCUGUCUCUGGUCUCUUCCUUCAGCUGACAAGGACACUCCUGAGGUCUUUGUUCUCACUGUAUUCUUUUUGUCCUGGGGCCACAGUUCUUGAUUAUUCUUCAUGUGGUUAGAGUCUGAAUUUGUAAACCCAUUCAGAUAAGUGGCAGUACUUUAGGACACACACACACACACACACACACCUUUUGAUAUAUAAGCUUGACCUAAAAUCAGAGGACCUGUGUAGCAUUUCAGAUUGAGCACUUCACUAUCAAAAAUACUAACAUCACAUGGCUUGAAGAGUAACCAUCAGAGCUGAAUCAUCUGAGUAAGAACAAGUACCACUGUUGAUUGAUAAGUAGAGAUACAUUUUUUUAUGAUGUUCAUCAAAGUGUGGUAAGGUUGCAAAUUCAAAACAUGUCACCCAAGCUCUGUUCAUGUUUUUGUGAAUUCUAGGCUGGUGCUGCACUGAAAUAGAGCAGUAAGCUUGUGAUAAAGGCCAAUUCCAGGUAGCUCUUGAAGGUGAUAGUCAUCUACUUUCCAUUGGCUGCCAACCACAGGGAGUGCCAGUUAACAGUGGAAAGAUUGAGGCAAGGUCCCUUCUCUUGAGACUCCCCUCUGAGAUCUGAAAAAUGAAGUGGCUUAGGAACAUCAGCAGUGAAGAACUGCCAAGAGUUGGUGAAGUUUGUCUCUUCUGAGGGCCUUCUGAAGACAGGGCUCUUGAACAGACAAGUGGAAGGGCUGUACCGGGGAUAGAGGAAGGAAGUGCCUGUCCAGCAGGGAGCUUGAAUUUCAGUUCCAUGCAUGAAGUCGUUGGCUCUAUCUGCAUUUUUCUGUCAUUCUCUUCAUUUAAGAUGGAAAAUUUUCUUACAGUUGAUGCAAAGUAUCAACUACUUUACCCUACCUUAUUCCCUUUUAGAUGGGUUCUUCCUGAGUUUUGGAGUCUUGUAUCAUUAUCAGUAUUCCCCUGUCAAAAUCAAAUCUAUUCAGGUUUCUUCACUGUUGAGAACACCUAAAUGUUUUUAUUUUUGAGAAGGGGGGACAGAGUCUCACUAUGUCACCCAGGCUGGAGUGCAAUGGCAUGAUCUCAUCUCACUGCAACCUUUGCCUCCUGGGUUCAAGCGAUUCUCCUGCCUCAGCCUCCUGAGUAGCUGGGAUUAUAGGCAUGCACCACCAUGCCCAGCUAAUUUUUUGUAUUUUUAGUAGAGACGGAGUUUCACCAUGUUGGCCAGACUGGUCGUGAACUCCUGACCUUGUGAUCCACCCACCUCGGCCUCCCAGAGUACUGGGAUUACAGGCAUGAGCCACCACGCUUGGCCAAGAACACCUAAAUUUUUGUGUUUCUUGGCUCAAAAACCAGUUCGGUUUCUAAUGUUGUCCUCACAAGAAGGCUAAUUGGUGGUGAGACAGCAGGGGAGGAGGAAGAGCUGUGGUUUGUAACUUGUUCAACUCAGGCAAUAAGUGAUUUUAGCUUUAUUUAAAGUCUUCUGUCCAGCUUUAAGCACUUUGUAAGAAAGACAUGGCUGAAAGUAGCUUUUCUAUCAGAAUUGCAGAUAGUCUUGUUGGGCUAACAGUCAUUGGAUUUAUUCCUUUACCUCACAUGAUCCCAGCAACUGUGGUGGUAUCUAGAGGUGAAACAGGCAAGUGAAAUGGACACCUCUGCUGUGAAUGUCUUAGAGAAGGAAAUUCAAAAAAUGUUGUAACUGAAAGCACUGUUGAAUAUGGGUAUCGGCUUUCUUUUUCACUUUGAUUCUUAACAUUAUCAUCAGUCAACUUCCACAUUAAUGAAAGUUGACCAUAGUUAUUUCCAAAUAAAAAGAAACCAACUCUUACCAGGUCUUGGACUGUGAUGUCAUAUUAUUCAGUUUUAUGCUGGUUCCUGAGCAGAACUCAUAAGAGUGACAUAGUCAGCUGCUGACGGCACCUCAGCCACGCCGCUCUUACUCAGUUCAGUGGGUGUGCUUGCGUGGUAGGAUGUGGUGCGGCCCUCUCUACGCUCUUCUAUUUUUGGUAUAUUUCCUAUCCUUCAAAUAGCUUCCAAUUCUUUUUUUCUUGGACUGGCUUCAUUCUGAAUUUGUGCUAAAAUAAUCUUUCAUAAAGAGACCUCAGUUUAUAGCAUAACAGACUACACAAUGCACUGAUGUUUUCAUAAUGUUUAAGGGACCCACUGCAAGAAGCUUGCUGCCUCCUUUUAAUUGUAUUCAUUUAGAUUUUGAUUUUCCACGUUAAGAAGGUGAGGUCCAUGUUGGUGCCCUUCAGAGUAGAGAACCAUGUAAACAUUAGGAAUGAACAGAGGCCUUAGGAAUGAAUAGAGAGUUUGCCUUAUACAAUUUCCUGUUACAAAGCUCUCCCUGUCAUGCAAAGUAGGGAACACCUUUUGAGCAUCUUUGAAUUUGACAAAUGGUGCUGUUGCAAACACUUUGUUUGAGAUGAAGUCUCGCUGUUGUCACCCGGGCUGGAGUGCAGUGGUGUGAUCUCAGUUCACUGCAACUUCCACCUCCUGGGUUCCAGCAAUUCUCCUGCCUCAGCUUCCCAAGUAGCUGAGAUUACAAGCGCCUGCCACCCCACCUGGCUGAUUUUUAAAUUUUAGUAAAGACGGGGUUUCACCACGUUGGCCAGGCUGAUAGAACUCCUGACCUCAGGUGAUCCACCUUUCUCGGCCUCCCAGAGUGCUGGGAUUACAGGUGUGAGCCACCGUACCCGGCCUGCAAACACAUUUUAAUUGACUGACAACACUAGGGCUCUUGUACAAAAUAGUAAUGAUAGCCAUGGAAGUUUUACCUUAUUCUAUGAGAAGUGUUCUUAAACUUAUUAAGUGUCUAAACUAAGGUUUAGUGCUUUUUUAAAGGAAAGUUGUCCCAGGAUUCAUACUAAAGAAAGCAAAAGUUAAUUCAACUGAUCCACCAAUGGAAUUAGAUGGGUAGAGUUGGGUUCUUGAGUUUUACCACCACUUAGUUCCCACUGAAUUUUGUAACUUCCUGUGUUUGCAUCCUCUGUUCCUAUUCUGCCCUUGCUCUGUGUCAUCUCAGUCAUUUGACUUAGAAAGUGCCCUUCAAAAGGACCCUGUUCACUGCUGCACUUUUCAAUGAAUUAAAAUUUAUUUCUGUUCUA